GAAAUGUCUAAGGAAAUGUCUAAGGAAAUGUCUAAGGAAAUGUCUAGGGAAAUGUUUAGGGAAAUGUCUAGGGAAAUGUCUAGGGAAAUGUCUAGGGAAAUGUCUAGGGAAAUGUCCUAG